UCCAAGUACCUGCACCCUGUUGAAAAGUUUCAUUCAACUCUCAACUUCUCUCCACACAGCUUGAGCCAUCUCAACAUGCCCGCCUUCUUCGUCCUGCUCCUCAUCUUGACCACUUGCGCCGCAGCACAGGUCGACAUCCAGGCUGGCAAGAAAUCUGGCCGUCUGCCGGACUCAAAUCCUAUCCCCUUGGCCAACUGCUGGGACACGACCGACUGCACGGGCUUGGUACAGGAGUUCUCUGGCCCCAUUGGCUCGACGCACAACAUCACUCUGAAUCUAUGCGUGUCGAUCAAGCCUGCUUCCCGCUCAUUGAUUGGUCAAGCAUGCACCGAUCUUGACUGCGCUGGCCACUGCAAGAACAUUACGAUGGAGACUUGCACGGUGGUGCCGACUGGACAUGAAUAUUUUCAUAGCGUGUGCAAGUGAGAGCGGAGGGGCGGCUACCAGUGCCGCCUUGCGUCUCGUUUCCUUAGCCUACAGUACAGUGAUAUUAUCGUGGGCAUUGCCGACAGCUGGUCUGGCGCGAGCCUUUGCCCAAUCCAAACCUUCUCUACUCUCUGUCGCCUCGUU